GAUGAGCGACUUUGAUUCGCGAUUAAUUCGCUUAGUAAGGGGCAACCCCCAGCUUUUGAAGCGGAAGGCCCGCACAGCUCCGUACUCAUUAAGGAAGAAUGCCGAGGAGGAGAUCUGGGGCGCCAUUGCGACCUCCCUGCAAGCCGAUGUUAAAACAUGCACCAGCCGUUGGGAGCACCUUAAAUCGAAACUGCAACAGGAAUUGGCCAAGGAAGGCGAGGGUGUCCCCUCCACUUGGAACCUGAUGCCCACUAUGCGGGACUUCAAGCCGGGGAGGAUGGGUGGUAUAAGUCCUCAGCCAUCGGACCCUCUUAUUGAGGAGGUACACGACGAAGAGAACAAUUUGCAAGAGGCAAUGGAUUGCUCAGUAGCAGAUGCGACUAAGACGUUGGCAAGUGGUAGUGCCCAAAUUCCCUCUUCCACACUCCUACCCGAUUUUACCGCAAACGCUACCAUGAGGCGCGUCGGUACCAUGCUGGAGGGAUUUGGCGAGGAGGAUUGCGCUAAGGCGGGAAAAAGAAUCAUUGCAUACUUAUGUCAUUGCACUCUGCAUAUUUUGAAAUCCAAACCAAUCGACGAUUUGGUUAUUUAGAACACAAAAGUCGAAUUCAAACGACUAAAACACUUACUAUGACGCAGUUUGUGCAGCUGGUCAGAGAAUGCGCGCGCAAGCAAUAACAUGUCCAAUAUCCCCGAUGUUUGGAUCAGUCUGCGGGAGGGGGCUUGCGCGCGACGACUCCAAAACAAGCAUUUUUAGUUUAUUAAUUUGAUGACUCCGCGAGGCUGACGGACCAUGCAAUAUUAGCGAAAACAUAAACCAAAACGAACAAGGCGCGUCGUCGUCGUCGUCGUCCUCGUGCACCCUUAACUUCUCUGCGUGCUCGUGCCCUCACCUUUCCCCCUACCCGACGCACCACCCACAAGGCCCACUACUACAUGGAACUACUCCUAUAGCCAGGCCCCGACGCCGCCGCCGCCAUCCCUUCCCACACAUUCGGUUUUGACACCAAAUUAUCGAUUGAUUUCAGUACAAGCACAAACAAAAAUCGAUAAGCUGCCAGUCAAAAUCCACUAUUGUACAGUUAAAUAUAAUGUUAAUUCACAAUUCUUCGGCAUUCGCUGUGUCCAUUCAUUGUGUUG